AUUAACCAUGAAGAAGCUUCUUGGACUCACCUUGGUUUUUCUAUUAGCUGCAGUGACUUGCAAAGGUCAAGAGAUUACUUGCGAAGAGGGCACUCCACCAUACACCAAAUGUAACAAUACUGAUCGUUUCAACAGAGGCGGUUUCGGAAAAGACUUCUUUUUCGGUGUUGCAUCUGCUGCUUACCAGGCACGUAACAAACCACACAUUUGUGUUAUCGAAGGAGGCAGAGGUCGUGGCAUUAACGUUUGGGAUGCGUUCACUCACCGAUACCCAGAGAAAGGAGGGCCCGAUUUGCUGAAUGGAGACAUUGCUUGUGAUUCAUACCAGCAUUGGCAGAAAGAUGUUGACGUGAUGGCAGAACUUGGAGUUAAUGCCUAUAGACUAUCCAUUGCGUGGUCAAGAAUCAUUCCAAGAGGAAAGAGGAGUAGGGGAAUUAACCAAGAUGGGAUUAAUUACUAUAGCGGUCUCAUAGACGCCCUCCUCGCAAGGAAUAUAACGCCUUUCGUUACCCUCUUCCACUGGGACCUUCCUCAAACACUGCAAGAUGAGUAUGAAGGUUUUCUUGACCGCCAAGUCAUAGAGGAUUUCAAAAAUUAUGCGGAUGUGUGUUUCGAGGCAUUCGGUGGUAGGGUAAAGAACUGGAUCACUAUCAACCAGCUCUUCACAGUGCCUACGAGAGGCUACGCAUUGGGAACAGAUGCACCCGGUCGAUGUUCUCCUUGGGUUGAUAAAAGAUGUUACGGCGGAAAUUCUUCAACAGAACCCUACAUCGUUGCACAUCACCAGCUUCUUGCUCAUGCCACGGUCGUCGAUCUUUACAGAAAGAAAUACAAGUUCCAAGGAGGAAAGAUUGGACCUGUGAUGAUAACUAGAUGGUUUCUCCCAUAUAAUGAAAGUAAAGCCAGCAAAGAGGCAACGGAGAGGAGCAAAGAAUUCUUCUUUGGAUGGAUGAAUAUGUUCGACGCUAAAGGCACUUUUUACCGACCAAGAGGCAUGUUAGACGUAAUGGAGCACUUCAAAAACAGAUACGGAAACCCUUUAAUCUAUGUCACGGAGAACGGAAUUAGUACCCCGGGUAGCGAAACCUUUGACGAAAGUGUCGCCGACUACAAGCGGAUUGAUUAUCUCUGCAGUCAUCUCUGCUUUCUCCGUAAGGCCAUCGAGGAGAAGAAGGUUAACGUGAAAGGAUACUUUGCAUGGUCCCUUGGAGACAAUUAUGAGUUUUGCGCAGGCUAUACAGUCAGAUUCGGACUCAGUUACGUUGAUUUUGCCAACCUCACUGCUGAUAGAGACCUUAAAGCAUCUGGCAAGUGGUACAAGAAGUUCUUACAUGUUAACACCAAGGACAAUGAGAACCAAGGUCUCCUCCGUUCAAGCCUCUCCUUCCAGAACGAGAAGCUCGCAGAUGCA